AUGACUUCUGCAAAUAUCAAUCAACAAAUUUUUGUUAAAUUUGAACGAUACGAUUUCGAUAAAGAUGAAGAUUUUCAGGCCGGACUCCAGUCAGUUCUCACAUCGCAUCAAAAUAAAUCACAGGAAGAGCUAGAUAAGCUUAAAGAGAAAGCCAAAUGGUUUUAUUUUUCAAAAGUUGUUCAAAAGUUUGAUUAUACCGAAUAUUUAGCAUGGAAGUCAAAUGAACCACCUGCAUCCGAGUCAUCUGACAACCAAGACACGCCAAGACAAGAUGUUACAACCAAUGGAAUCAAAGAAAUACCUGAUGAAAUAAAUCACGGCACCCCUUCUACUUCUACAACAAAACCACGGCCCAAACCAUGGGAAAAACGAAAAGAGAAUAUCCCAGAAACAAUAUAA